AUGCUAAACUUGAUAAAAUCAUGCUGUUGGUUUAAGAUUGCUUAUGAAAAAGACCCUCAUCCAUCGGUUGCUGCAGAUGCACGACUCAAGACUAUCUGCCUGAAUCCGUAUAUUAAAUCAUUUGAAGCUAAUGAGAAUGAUGGCGAAGCUGCUGCUCCUCCUCCAGGUGAUGAUAAAUCAACUAGAUCUAACGGAUCUGUUCGUGACAGAGAAGUUUUGGAAGAAAUUAGAGAAAGCUUCGAGAAAUAUCAGACGGAAGAUUCUGACAAGUUUGAAUCUUUAGAUUUCGUUGAAGCUGUCGGUGUUGAAACUGAGAGGCUCAUAGUAUCAACGUAUCUUAUAUGA